UUCUGAACAGCUCGUGUUUUGAUGAUGGUGAUGGUGGUUUAUUUUAGUGAAAUAAAACUUUUAAUUAAAUAUUAAAAUCACAAAGCAUUUGGCCCAGAAUCUAGACUAUACUUAAAAACAACCCGUGAAGAUGGCCGGGACAUACUACUUCGUCAUUGUGGGCCACUCCGAUAAUCCCAUAUUCGAACUCGAUUUUAUUCCAGUUACCAAAGAAGUAAAGAAAGAGGACAACAGACACCUGAAUCAGUUUAUCGCUCAUGCUGCACUGGACCUGGUGGACGAGCACAUGUGGAAGGUCACCAACAUGUACCUCAAGUCUGUGGACAAGUUCAACCAGUGGUUUGUGUCCGCCUUCGUCACUGCCAGCCAGAUGAGGUUCAUAAUGGUCCACGACUCAAGGAAUGAGGACGGCAUCAAGGGAUUCUUCACGGAUGUCUAUGAAGCCUACAUCAAACUCAUGCUAAAUCCAUUCUACAAGGAGGAUACCCAAAUAACAUCUCCGGCGUUUGAGAAAAAAGUACAGUUCUAUGGAAAGAAAUAUCUAACAUAAGUGGUGUUAUUGUAAUAGUUUGAUAGUAUGGAUGGGGAGUGGUUUGGAAUGUGUAAAUAAUUGUAUUAUGUAAGUAAAUAAUAAAGCCUAUUUAUAAUA